UGAUAAGUACUUUCAAUAGAGAAAAAACCAAGUACUUUACUUAGUACUAUUAGGAAGUUGUUUUUUGGAAAUAAAAAGUAUAAACAAAACAAUUAAAUUAUAACAAAUAAUUUGUAACAAUAAAAUGAGCAUCGAUGAAAAUUCAAAUGAUUCAAAUUGGAAUAUAAUACCUUUGAAAAAGGAAAACGAGAGUGAUGUAGAAAAGAUAAAACCAGUGGUUAAACCAAAGGAAAAUAGGAAAUUUUGUGAAAAAUGGCUGAGUUUAUUUUCACCAUGGCUGUCGCGGUGUGAAGAUGAUCCUAAUAGGCCAUAUUGCAGAGCAUGCCAGCGUCCGUUGGAUAAUAAUAGAUUUCGGCUGCAAAGGCACGAAAGAACUGCAAAACAUGCCAGAAAUCAGGAAAUUUUGCUAAACCAAGGCGAGGAUGCUGUCCGCUUACUUCUCACUAAAACUAGAAGGCGAUAUAUAAAAAAAGAGGCUCCUAUGAAAUUGUACCCAUUGGAUAUUGAACGCACUAGUUUCGAGAACGAAAUACCUUUUAAAAAGAUCAAGACUCAAAAGCUAUUAAGGACACCAACAGCAGUUAAAAAUGGAAACGAUUCAAAUUAUGUAUACCCAAAGCGAGAAUGUCAUGAUAUGAGCGAUUAUUAUUAUACUCCACAUAAUUCACGACCGCCUCCGCCUAAAAAGGACAGCUUCGAUAUGUUUUUCGAAGCGAUAAGUGCUACUGUGAAAAAUUUACCACCCAAACUAGCGGCUGAAGUCAAAAGUCGAGUUUCACAAGUUAUUGCCGAAUUUGAACUGCGAGCAAUUUGCGAGAAGGAGGCUCGAGAGAAAGCCCAACAGUCUGUUGUAGCUAUGGCUCCGCAAGUAGCAAAUGUAGUUACGAUAGAUCCAGUAAUUACUGCAGAGCCCAAUAGCGUUAAUGUAAGUACAGGAAAUCAGCAAACCACUCAUUGCACACCCACAGUGACCCAGUACGUCUACGCGUAUCAACAAAAAAAGGAAAUCAAUUAGUCCCAUACUCUUAAACAUACAAACAUCUAUGAAUGUAUAUUUUUAAGGAAUCAAGAACAUAUUUGCAUAAAGUGAUAAUCCAUUGCAAACCAGAUAGCACUUUGAUUUGGCAUCUCCAAUUUAAAUUUUAAUAAAGUUAUUAUGUAUUUCAUCUAAAAAUUGUAAUAAAAAAAUAAAUAUGA